CCAAUUCCACCACAACCACCCCGCUCGCUCCCUCAUCUCCAAUGAGUGCGCAAGGUAACACUCCCGUGGCGUCGACCACGCCGGAAUCUGAAGAGCCUCUCAGACUUACGCCGCCUACACCUGACGAACUCGACGCCAAAAUUCCUAGCAAACGCGAAAGAGAGUUGUCAUUGGAACCUUCUACGUCACAGUCAUCGAACAUAGAUGAUGAAGAACAGCAGAUUGAGCAUAAGGACCGGCACGUACUCACCAAGAAAAGCCGCGUCGUUGGUCAGCUGGAUGUGCCCGAAGAAGAGGAGGAAGACGAUGAGGUCCUCAGAUCCUCUCCACCGUACGAGAGCAAGAUCCGGGCCAUAAGCCAAGGUGUUGAGGACCUCAGCUGGCAGAACAUGCCUAGAGACAAGACUCCGGAUCCAGAAGAGGAUCGCGAAAUGGACCGUCAACAAGAUGAAGAGCAAGAGGAGGGUGAUGCUCCGGAUAAGGACCAUGAGAUGCAAUCAGAGUCCCCUGAGCCACCGGAAGAGGUAACCACUGAAGCAAAGGUGGUGGAUGGCGAGGAGGCCGCUGUACCAUCGGCCCUCUUGCAAGGCGACAAUCCACCUGUGGUUAACGAUGAUGGAGGCCACGAUGAACAUGCCAGUGAGGCGGAUCCUGCGGAAGUGCCUCCCGAUGCGUCACCGUCCGACGCACAGGAGCUCAACAGCUCUGAAGUGUACCCUGAGGUCUCAUCCACGUCCAUUACUCAGCCAGUUUCGAUGACAGAAUCUCGCUCUCGUAGCGGAUCCGAGUCCGGGGCCGAUCAGGGGAGCGGCGACCAGCAUGAGCAACGAGAGACGAGUGUUAGCGAGAAGAGUACCACAAGCGAGACGCCCCAUGUUGUCAACGGUGUAUCCACAGGAUCGGGUGCGUCGAAGCGGCGACGGGAAGAGCGUGAUACAGACGAAAACCCGCGGGUUGCCAAGCGGCCGACUCCGCCUCCUGAUCAAGAGCGAGAAGCGGAGCUGGAAGAGGCAAAGAAGGCGGCAGCGUCGCUGUUAGCCCGCAGUCAGACGCCGCCACCGAAGCCAGUUGAGGCCACGUCGACGUCUACUCCUAAGACAAGUGGUUUUAUGGCAUAUGCAUCGUCAAACUCACCAUUUGCUUCCGUGAAAGGCCCAAGUCUCUUCAAAUCUCCUCCAUCCUCGUCCUCACCCUGGGCAAGCGCUAGUUCAAGCGCCAAUGAAGGCCCCAAUGGUCUGCAUGCUGCCACUGCAUCUCCAUUCCCUAGUCAUUUCGGCACAUCCUCACCUUCUAGAUCGCCCGCGACCCCCAUUGCCAGCCCUGCGACGAAGCGGAGUGGCUUUGAGGCAUUUGCAUCCAACUUGUCGAUUUUUGCGUCAGCCGCGAAGCGGCCAAAAUCCCCGCCACUCCCUGCCUUCGGAGCGGGCUCGAGUUCGCUCGCUCGCAGUCGGUCGCCCUCACACCCUUCCUCUUCGCGCCCACCGUCUAUACUUUCGGCCAACGCUUUCUCUGCGUAUGCAUCCGCAGGCAAGCAGAGCUUCUCCACGCAGUCCUCUAGCCGGUCGAGUCCUGCCCUCGGCGAAAAUACUGCAAUGUCCAUCGACAACAGGAAUCGGGAUUCUCCAGCGUUGAGUGUUCAAGAUUCCGUAGAAUCCGAGGAAACAAAGAAGGAAGAAGAAAGCGAAGAAAGCUCUCGAGACGCGACCACCUUCGGAGAGAGACUUAGAUCUCAGAAGGACGAGGAGGACAGCGAAGAAAAGCACAAGCAGGAGUUCACUGAACAAGAAGUCAUCACGGGCGAAGAAGAUGAGGAGACUAUUUAUCAAUGCCGAGCGAAACUCUACGCACUCAAUGAUGAGAAUUGGGCCGAACGAGGGACUGGCCAAGUCCGGAUCAAUGUGCGCAGAGACGACCCGACUAAGGCACGACUAAUCAUGAGGAAAGAUUCCGUCUACACCGUGCUGCUGAACACCAUGCUCGUGAAGGGCAUGACGUGGACCAAGCACGAGCUGGACACGCGCUUCAUCAGAUUCGCCGCGUACGAGAAGGGUGGAUUGAUGAAGUACAAUCUAAGGCUGCCCACGCUGGCUCAGGCGGAGGACUUCUACAUGGAGAUCGAGGCGUUCACCAAGUAGACUACGGACCAGGGAAGAAGAGACACUCCGACUGUUGCGAUCUAUACAUUAGCUACGAGCCUGUUGUUCUGCUGCGCUAUUCUAACCUCUGCCGCAGUUGUAAUGUAUUCGGAUGAUUCUUAACGAGCCGACGGUGUUCAAAUAUGCGC